AUGAUGCGGUAUAUAUUUCUAUGCGCUUUGUCGGCUUUAAUCCAAAAUGCCACUGUGAGAGGUGAAUCCCGAAACUUUGAAGUUGCUUAUCCAAAGGUUCUUGGAAGCAGAGGCCUUUCGAGUGAAAAAGUGAUCCACAUUAAAGAAGGCCUAACACUUCACUUAGAAAAAAUUUCAAUCCUCUCGGAAAACUUGGUUCUAACAGACCUCAGUGGCAAGGAGCCAGUUGUAACUCCGAUGAACGGAAAAUAUAUGGAACGUAACCUGUACCAUGACAAAGAGAAAAUGGCGGCGGUUGAGGUGAAGGAGGAGAAUGGAGCUGUGGAAGUGAGUGGUGUAAUCAGCGACACUCUGAGGAUAGUUCCUCUUCACCUUAUGGCUCGAUCUGAAGACGGGUCUAUCGCACACAAGAUUUUCAAAGUGAAUGCACCAGCUCACCGUGGACAUGACUACGCUGAAGCAAGUAACAUUCAACUGGAAGAGCGAUGUAAUGGACAUAAUUUAAGCACUCCGAGACAAAUACAAGUUCCAGACCCAUUUUUGAUUGAAACACUCAUUGUCGUCGACAAGUACUUUUACGAAAACUUUGAUAACGAUGCACAGCUUGUAACAUAUAUCGCCACUUCUUUGGCAACGGUGAGCAUAAGAUAUUCAAACGCAAGCAACCCGAAAGUACAACUGCUCAUCGUAUAUAUAACUAAGGACGUGGGGACAGACUUUCUGCGACAUAUUUUAGUUUCAGAUGCAAGCAACCUCGCUAAUCCAUUCAAAUUAUAUACCUCAGCUCAAGAAACAUUACCCCAGUUUGCAAGGAAAUACCGGAACACGACGUGCGACGCAGCGAUGCUGGUCACAGGGUUGGAGCUCGCCAACAGAAAUGGUGCAGAUGUUUCUACCGAUGUUAAAGGUUAG